AUGUCCGACGUCUCUUCCGACACCUCCUCCAUUACCAGCGCGAGUGAGACUUGGGAGCUGAUCACCCGCUCUCCUUCGCUCCUCCACGAUGACUUUGCCUCUUUCCAGUCCAAUACAUCCUCCUUUGACUGGUCGCCUUUGCAUUCUAUGGGACUCAAGUCUAGCUCCUCGAUCAACACCUUUGGGAAAGAGAAGAAGGGUCCGGGAAAGAAGAGCUCUUUCAAGAUUCUGCAGCGUCUCAGCCACGAGAAGGAAGACAGCUCGAAAUCAGAAUCUUCUUUCGUGCAACCGCCCAGCAAGAAAGGCUUCUUGAAGAGCAUCAAGAAGAUCAAUCGCAAGAAGGGCAAAGAUAACAAGCAAUCGUAUGAUGACGAUUCUAUGCCGGCUUCGACCCCCGCAUCUUCCAGUCCUCCCAGGCCGCACAUACAACCUAGGCGCGUAUCAGAGGACAGUUUCUCGGGCUUUGAGCUCUGCUCAAUACCUCGCACUUCCUUUGACGUAAUGAGUCGGUUUGACGACGCCGAGGACGACUCUUCCUUCUUGGAUACCAUCCCCAAGCUAUAUUUGAGCUCUCCUUCUACUGCCUCCCAGCCCUCUCCAGUGCAGCAUACGACUCCCAACAGCCCGGGGGAUGAGGAACCUCAGCAGAGGCCGGAGAUAGUCCCAAUGAUUAAUUGCGUCCGCCUGGAGACCAUUAUGGAAGUGUCCGAGGAUACUUCGGAGUCCGACGACGCCCCAGUCCCACCCGACCCUCAAACCCCUGAUACUUCUAGCGCCUACUCACUCGAUGCUGCUACCUAUACCGACGGUGCCGACGGUGUCCAGUCCGAACCCAUCUUCUUUGGCAGCCGACACGCGCCGCUCCCUGCCGGGCAUCUCGCUUCUCUGGCGUUCACCCACAUCCUUCCUCAAGGCUUGAUCCCUCUGUAUGAGCUUCAGAUUACUUGGGUGCCGAAUAACGUCCGAUUGCCGGCUUCUCGGCUCAACGUCACCCGCGGGUACGGAUCUCUCAGCAAGCUCGCCGAUGCUUUGUUCAAAGAGUACCACGAAGGGUCAACACCAUAUCUCAAGUCCCUCCUUGCCGACUUCCCCAAAGCCUACGACGGUCCCACUCUGCCGCAAAAGACAGAGUAUCGGGCAGAACGGAUGCAGCACUACUUUGAUCUUCUCUUUGGUAUCCGGACUCGAGGCGAAAGAUAUGUGCUCGACAAUGUGUACAUUGUGCCCGAGUUCUUCGCUAUCCUGCACGGAGAUGUGGCAGAGAGGAUAACCAGGGAUGAAGCCUGGGGAGAAUGGGAGUAUACCUUGGAGAGAAGGAUAGAUAUCGAGCGGUGGGAGCGUGAGAACAAUGGUCAGGACACUGUUCAACGUGCUCCGGCAUCUCUCAGCAACUCUGUUCCCCGUGAAAGCGCCCAGACUUUGAGGACGUCUUCUAGUUGUGAGAGCAGUCGAUACCCCAACAACUCUGCUCCCGGCGAGGAUGUCCAGUCUCCUACCCGAUCAAAAUUGGUCGAGUCUGGAUACUGGGAGAACGAACCUCUUACCGACACGCCCCCAUCGCGCGAGAUCCUCAACAGUGGAGAAUUCACAGAUCUCAUCGAGUCCUUCCCCUUGCCCAAGCAGCACAAGCCUGUCGGGGUCCGGGUCAUUGCGACUUCAGUACACGCGCCAUCAUCGGAAACCCCUAUUCGAUGCAGCUCCAGCGCUACUGCCCUUUCUAUCGACCCUUCGGCCAGUCUGGAUGUCUCUUCAGACUUUCACUCUCCCUCCUGCUCCUCCGACAAGUCUGGUCUUUACGAAACACCCAACAGUUCGGUGACAGACCUGGGAGAGUUUGCGGGUACGGGCAAGACGGACGAGCAUGUGCGCCAUGUCGUGGUGGCUUCCAAAGCUCUGGCGACUUUCAUGUCUAGCCAGCCGACUCCCGAAAAGCUUGUUCUGGGCGAAAAAGGUGUCAUCUCUAUCGACCUCACCACCCGAUUCUUCUUCAACACUGUCCCUGUGCUUAUCAGCACCAAAGAAUCAUGGCGAGAGUCGCUCGUCCGUGUCUACUCGGCUCUUCGGUUGCCUUUCAAUAGUAUGAGUCUGAAAGGGGACGUGGAAGUGCUGGGUGCGAUUCACCUGGGGGUGCCACAUGAUGAAGAGGUGGAGCUGAAGAGCAAGGCGGAUCUGGAGAGGUGGCUGGAGAUUGCUACGGAGAAGAGGAUAUGGGUUGAGGACUGGUGA